UAUUCAUUCACGAUUUUUACUUGCUUUUAGUCUAUAAAAUAAUUAAGUUUAUUUCAAUAAAUAUAUUAAGAAGUGUCAAGUUUCCACUAAAUAAAAAAUAUGUUUUGUCUAACAAACCAGCUAAAAAUAUCGCGAUUUCUUCUCCAAACUCUGAAGUCAUAUAAAAAUAAAAACACGUUUUCUUCGGAUGCAACUUUAGAAGUUCAACCAUAUAAAUUGUAUAAACUCGAAGAUGGACCUUCAACGACUGUUUCAUUAAGCAAAGACCAAGCCAAACUCUAUUACCAACAAAUGCUUUCAAUUCGAAGAAUUGAAAAUGCUUCAUCGACCUUAUAUAAGGACAAAAUCAUUCGUGGAUUUUGCCAUUUAUACAGUGGCCAAGAAGCAUGUUGUGUUGGUAUGAAAGCAGCAAUGCGUGAUGUCGAUAGCAUAAUAACGUCUUAUCGAGCUCAUGGUUGGUCAUAUGUUAUGGGCAUUUCGGCACAUGGCGUCUUGGCUGAACUCACUGGACGUAAGACUGGUUGUGCACGUGGCAAAGGGGGCUCCAUGCAUAUGUAUGCUCCUGGAUUCUAUGGUGGAAAUGGUAUCGUAGGAGCCCAAGUUCCACUGGGAACAGGCAUUGCAUUAGCCAACAAAUAUAAAGGAAUUUGCGGAACAUGUUUGACCAUAUACGGAGAUGGUGCUGCUAACCAGGGACAAGUUUUUGAGAGCUAUAAUAUAGCCUUUCUCUGGAAGUUGCCAGUUAUAUUUAUUUGUGAAAAUAAUCGAUACGGUAUGGGAACUGCAGCAGAACGAGCAGCAUCCAAUACUAAUUACUAUGCUCGUGGUGAUUAUCUGCCUGGUAUUUGGGUGGAUGCAAUGGACGUUCUAGCUGUACGCAAUGCCACUGAAUUUGCUAUUGAAUAUGUUAUCGAUAACGGGCCGAUUAUCAUGGAAAUGUCAACAUAUCGUUAUUCUGGACAUUCGAUGUCUGAUCCUGGUGUAAGCUAUCGCAGUCGUGAAGAAGUGCAAGAAGUUCGUGAGAAACAAGAUCCCAUAGUUCAAUUUAAAAAUAAAUGUACCGAACUUCAGUUAAUUACUGAUGAAGAGUUAAAGAAAAUUGACGAAGAAGUGAAAAAUGAAAUAAGCGAAGCCACCGCGAAAGCCACAUCUGAUCCAGAAAUUGAUUUGGUGGAAUUGACUUAUGAUAUUUAUGCAAAUAGCUUAGAACGAGGUAUCCGUGGACCAGUUGGCGAACUUUUAAAACAUGAAGUUAAGGGAAAACCUGUCAAUAUGAACUAAAUAUUAACAAAUUAUAUAUUAUCUUCUUUUAA